AUUGCGGUGGCACGUCACAAACCCACGUGCGCAGAGAUUUCCUUGAAGGGGGUUUGUUUAGCAUCACAGCUAUAAACUCUGUGCUUGGUGUGGGUUUAAAUCAUGGACGAAUUAUCUGACGAACUCAAAACUUUUCUCCGAAUCCAUCCGUGUUUUGAACUUACUGCGGACAAAAAGGUGAAGUGUACACUGAACGGUCACGAGUUUCCCUGCAGUGUGACAGAGCUACAGAAGUUUACCCAGGCAAAGAAGUUUAAGACUCUGUCAGCUGCUGCGGAAUUCAACUACAGCCAGUUUGAGCCACACAUUGUACCGAGCAGCAAGAGGCCAAACCAGCUCUUCUGUAAGCUGACUUUGAGGCACCUAAAUCAGAAGCCACAUCAUGUCAUGAGACAUGUCAGUGGUAAACGAUUCAAGAAGGCUCUUGCAAAAUAUGAGGAGUGUCAGAAACAAGGCAUUGAAUUUGUUCCAGCCAGACUGAAGCAAAAAAGACCAAAAGACAGUGAAGAGGACGUUAGACAUGGACACUCUUCGAAACGUGGAAAUGGAAUGUGGGAACCUACCUCCAGUGAAGGGGAGCACUCCGACUCUGAGGACAGCAUGAGUGACCUUUACCCACCUUCUAUGUUUACUCUGAAAAAUCCGCCUGAACAAAAAGAAGGAGACUGUGACGAGGAAGACGGUUUUAUGACGGACGAAGAGGAGCAAAUGGAGAAGCCGACGGUAACAAAGCGUAAAAAGGCUCAGAAUCCAGGCUUUAAGAAGAAAUUCAGGAAUAACAACUGGAAAGCGGCUCGUUCUAAGAAGCAGAAAAAGUGCCACAUGUAAAAUAAUGCAGACAUAAAUACAGUAUAUUUUUCAAAAUAA